CCACUGUCCCGGCUGAGUCUGCGAACGUCACGACGACCUACCGCCAGCAGCCAGCCACACACCACAUUAGUCGGACACGCGCGUACACAUAAAAAUAUAAAAUUAUUAUUGUUAUUAUUACCCAUUGUCGUUCACAUCGAUUGUCGUUGUCAGGUAUUCGAUAAUCGUACAAUACAUAAUAAUAUUAUUCUCGCUGUCAUCACAAGUUUUUCGAUUUUCGACUGUUCGCGAAUCUCGUAUUUCAUGAUUCCGAGUUUUUUUUUUCAAAACGAUUUAUUUCUCAUUUUUCCAUAAAACGAAAAGACCUUGUCGCAAAACUGUAACUGAAACCCUCAUUUGUGUACCACCUUUACCUGUAUCGAUUACUGUUCAAUAAUGAUCGACUACUUGCAGACCAUUUUCAUCGUGGCCGUCGCCAUGGUGUACGUCCAGGCGGAAAAAUCAAAAGUCAUACCACCCUACAUAAAACAAUGCAUACGGAACGACCCAAAGCUCAAUGAAUGUCUCGCAGCGGAAAUCAAUCAUUUAAGACCGUACUUGAAAGAAGGAAUCGAUGAAAUUGAACUGCCGCCCGUGGAACCAUUCAGGAUGGAUUCGUUGAGUUUAGCAAUUACCGGUGGAUCUAAUGGCUACAAGAUAACGUUGAGGGAUAUUGAUUUGUAUGGAGCUAGCAAUUUCUCUAUUCAAAAAGUGUUAUUGCGUCCAAAUGCUCCAUUUGAAGGUAAAGUUAGAAUUCCAAAAAUGACAAUGGACGCGAAAUAUGCCAGUACUGGAGUUUUGUUAGUACUACCGGCUAACGGAAAUGGAUCAUUCCACGCAGAUUUAGGUGAUGUUACCGCUACAGCAAAAGGACUUGUGUCUAGUUAUUAUAAAGAUUCCGAAAAAUAUUACAACUUAGAGUUCUUAGAAGUUGAUUUAGUAAUAAAAAAAGCAUAUAUGGUUGUCAGCAAAGUCAACAACAACAGGAUAAUUGUUGAAGCAACAAACUUAUUUUUGCGUGAAAACGGUCAGGAAGUUUUACAAGUAAUGAUGCCACAACUCCGAACUAAAUUGGCAGCAAUCUUCAAGAGGAUAGUCAAUCAGUUACUGACUCACGUUCCCGCAGAUACCUUCUUUAGUAAUUAAAUUACUUUUACCAUAAAAAGCACAUUUUCAUGUGAAGAGAUGCUUCAUUUUCUCGUAGUUAAGGACUUUUUUUAGACUAAUUUUGUUAAUAAUUAUAUUUGUAUUAUUACUUUUUUUUAAAAUUGAUUUACGUUAAUUGUAAUAUAUUAUGCCGUAAAAAAACUUUUGGGCUCGUUUGCAUCGAAUUUUCCCUGCCAUCAAAAGUAUGAUUUAUUUUUAUUCAUCUUAUAUAGUAUAGUAACUUAAUUUUAAGGUUUUUUUUGUUAGCCAAAAAUUAAAUUUCUACAGCCUAAAUUUAAUAUUAUGAUACUUAUGUGCAUUUUAAGACUUGAUUACAUUAUUUUUGGAUUGCUAUAAAAUAUAUACUA